CCAUGCUUUAAAGUUCAAUCCUUUCUUGUUGAGUUUCCUCAAUGGGUUUUUCCUGUUGUUCCACGAUUUAUCGGGAAAAUUCAAUCCAAAUCCACAAGGCCAAGGCCGAAUUUUGUACGACAGAGGAGCUGGGAACUAGGAACGCUAACCCAAUCCUCAAUUAAGCUGAAAUACGCAGGGGCUUACGUUUUAUUUGCUGUUUUGUUGUGUCCGAUGCCAACUCAGAUGGUGAAAUAGCCAUUUUAGACUGACUUUUUUCAGAGAGAGAGAAUUUUCUACCAGGAGAUGAUGGCCUUUCGUUGGCACCUUCGGAAACACUCCCCUUUUAAUUUUUUUUUUUAUUCCCGCCCCGGUUUCUUCCCCCUCCCGACUAAACUAAACUAACUGAAGCAGCAUACUAUAAAUUCAAUGGACGAAUGUUUUUCUGCUUAGAGUUAACAAUAAGAAAAGUUGCAAUUUUUCUUGACUUGAGCAUCAAAAGAAAAGAAAAGGAAGACAAAUAAAUGGGUUGGAGAGGGAUUCUGGGAUUUGAGUAUGGAAUAGUGCAGGCACCAUUGGGACCAGAUAUUUCAGGUCCAGAGCUUGUAGCUGCUGUUGCUAACGCUGGUGGACUUGGUCUCCUUAGAGCCCCUGAUUGGGAGGCACCGGAUUACCUAAAAGAGCUAAUAAGGAAGACCAGAACCCUGACUGACAAACCUUUUGGGGUUGGUGUUGUUCUGGCUUUUCCGCACAAGGAAAACAUAAGGGCUAUACUGGAUGAAAAGGUAGCGGUCUUGCAGCUUUCCUGGGGUGAGUGCACAAGUGAUAUAGUGCUUGAGGCUCACAAAGUCGGGGUCAAGGUUGUACCACAGGUGGGGAGCUUUGAAGAAGCAAAGAAAGCUGCUGAUGUGGGUGUGGAUGCAAUAAUUGUCCAAGGACGGGAAGCUGGUGGACAUGUUAUUGGACAGGGUGCCUUAAUUUCUUUGUUGCCAAGGGUAGUUGAGCUUGUUCAGGGUUGUGAUAUACCAAUUAUUGCUGCCGGUGGAAUAGUGGAUGAACGUGGUUAUGUAGCUUCCCUGGCCCUUGGAGCUAGGGGGAUUGCAAUGGGCACUAGAUUUCUUGCUACGGAUGAAAGCUAUGCUCACCCAGCAUAUAAGCAGAAGUUGAUCAAAUUUGAUGAAACAGAGUACACAGAUAUAUUUGGCCGUGCAAGGUGGCCUGGAGCGCCUCAACGUGUUCUGAGGACUCCAUUCUUAGUGGAAUGGAGAACUCUUCCCAGUGAUGAGAAUGAGACUAAUCAACCUACCAUUGGUCAUUCCACCAUACAUGGAAUGGAAAAAGAGAUUCGUCGAUUCGCUGGCACAGUUCCAAACCUGACAACAAGUGGUGAUGUUGAAAGCAUGGCCAUGUAUGCGGGUGAGGGAAUUGGCCUAAUUAAAGAUAUCUUACCAGCUGGGGAAGUCAUUAGGAGGAUUGUUGAAGGGGCUAAGCAUCUGAUCAAUCAACAAUUUGCCUGUGACAUGCAGGCUUAGGCAUCAGUUGAAUCGAUACAACUAGUUAAUGGUUGUAGUAGUAUACAAGAUUGCAAGUUUUAUGCCGGAGAAAUAAAUCACUGAGAGAAGGAAAGAGAAAUUAUGUGUGUUUAACCAGUCAAGUUACUAUGUGCUGUAUUGUAGGAAAGAACAAAAUAUUGUAUCAUCUUCUUUAGUAGGCAAGAAAUAAUUUUAUCUUGUGUUUACCUCCUUCUUGGUAAGCAUGUGCUUCAGGGUUUACGA